AUGCUAGAGAACUACAGGAAAAAUAACCUGUUCCACCUUCGCGAGACGGGUGUGGGGAUUGUUAACGACGUCCGAACAAGACUGGUGCCUUACUAUGUCUCGGACUUCUUAGAUGCAUGGAACUACCGAGUGAUACCCGCAGUGGUGUACGUUUUUUUCACCAACUUGCUACCUGCCGUAGCGUUUGCUCAGGACAUGUUUGACCACACAGAGAACUCUUAUGGUGUCAACGAGGUGUUGAUGUCGUCUGCAAUGGGAGGGGUCGUAUUUGGGCUUAUCGCAGGCCAGCCGCUUUGCAUAGUGGGAGUUACUGGUCCAAUUACCAUCUUCAAUUAUACAGUGUUUAACCUGAUUCGUGACCGGGAUAUUGAUUACUUUUCGUUUAUGUGUUGGAUCUGUCUUUGGGCAGGAUUGCUGCACACGAUACUUGCAUUGCUCAAUGCCGUCAACUUCAUGAGAUAUGUCUCCAAAUACUGCUGCAAUGUGUUUGGGCUCUUUAUCAACGUGGUGUAUAUUCAAAAGGGCAUUCAAAUUUUGACCCAUCAGUUUGAUGGUGGGUCUGACGUCGGGUUUGCGUCGGUCAUGGUUUCCUUGGUGAUGUGUAUAUUUGGUGUUGCGGCCAAUCUCUUUGGAACCAAGUCUCACUACUUGAGGCCUACAAUACGCAAAUUUGUCGCCGACUACUCGACUCCGCUAUGUGUGGUUUUCUUUUCUGGAUUUGUUCAUUUUGGUGGAAAGUUGGCGGGGGUUCGGUUCCAACAUCUCCCAAUCACGAAAGCGUUUGCACCUACGCUCGACUCUAGACCAAACGACUGGUUCGUCAGAUUCUGGCAUGGCGUUGAUGUAGGUGACGUUUUUCUCGCACUACCGUUCGGAAUCUUGUUAACAGCGCUGUUCUACUUUGAUCACAAUGUUUCCUCGCUGAUGUGUCAAAGUAGCGACUUUCCACUCAAGAAACCGGCCUCUUUUCACUACGAUUUCUUGCUGCUUGGAAUCACCACGGCCGUUGCGGGAUUGCUCGGAAUUCCUGCACCAAACGGACUCAUUCCACAAGCACCAUUGCAUACACAUUCAUUAUGCGUCCAGGAACAUGACUAUAAAACAGGAACUGACCGUCCCGUUGCUGUUGUCGAACAGCGACUCACCAAUACCCUGCAAGGACUAAUGACAAUCGGAAUGAUGACCCGUCCUCUUCUCAUAGUGCUCCACCAAAUCCCACAACCAGUCAUGGCAGGUCUUUUCUGGAUUAUGGGAAUCUCUGCGCUCAAUGAAAACGAGAUCAUUAACCGUAUCCGCUUCCUUUGCACGGAUCCAGAGACUAUGAGGACCAACCCACAGGACUACCCACUGAACUUGCGAUCCGCAAAUCGAAAGUGGCUGGUUCUUUUUGUGACAUUUGAGCUCAUUGCCUUCGGAUUCGAGUUCGGCAUCACGUGCACCAAAGGAGCUGUCGGCUUUCCCGGAGUGUUGAUGUUCUUCCUUGGCUUUUCAUGCUUCUUCCCCAAGAUCUUUCCACCGGACCAGCUACGCUUACUGGACGGGCCCGCCGCUGAUGAUAUGAUUCUGGAGAACUUGAGGUUAAGCAAAGGUGAUGAAGAAUACGAGCUAUAA